UCCUCUGCGCGAAUUGACCAUAGGGGUGUCGAAGAGCUUCAAGAAGGCGAAUGGGACGAGUUGGUGUCGCUCUUGAUCUCGACGUCGUUCAGCUCUCUUGCCCAAGUCAAUCUGCGUGUCGGAGGAGGGCCUAUGACCCUCAAGCAGGUGACAGAUAAUUUCUUCCAGAAACAUCCCGAGCUGGCGGGGGACGAUACAUCAAUUGUUUUCGAUUUCAAACGAGCGACUCAAGCGUGGUAUUGACGAUACGGAUACAAUCGAAAUGGAAAAUACAGCUAAAUAUCAGCGGGUGGUCUAAAUUGU